AUGGCGCCGGCAGGCUUGCGGCAGUGCCUCCGCGAUGUCUCCCCAUACCUGGUCCUCCUGAUGGCUGUCAGCACUCUGGGACCACUGCAAUUCGGGUUGCAUCUAGCCGAGCUCAAUGCCCCCCAGGAUGUCAUAUCCUGCCGUGUCACGCACUCUAUAUCGUCGAGAGUCUCGGCCGUCUUCUCCUCCCGGGCUUCUACUCCGCCAGCCGACGCGCCGAUGACCUCCUCCACCUUGCCCGACUGCAUACCCAUGGACGAGGCGCAGUUCGCCGUAGUAUCGAGCAUGUUCACCCUUGGCGGCUUGGUCGGCGCCCUCGGUAGCGGGCCCGUCGCCUCGAAAAAAGGGCGCUUACUCGCGAUGCGGUUGACCAGUGUGUUCUUCGUCAUCGGGUCCAUUGUUGAGACGCUGGGUGCCUCAAUCACCAUGAUGUCCUUCGGCAGGGUAUUCUCGGGCGUCGGCGCAGGUGCCGCGACGGUCAUCGUGCCAAUCUACAUCAGCGAGGUAGCGCCGCCUCGCGAGCGCGGAACCUUCGGGGCCAUGACGCAGGUCAGUAUCAACGUUGGCAUUUUGAUAACACAGACUCUGGGGUACUUCCUCAGCCAUGGGUCGGCGUGGAGGUGGGCCUUGGGCGCUGGCAUUAUCGUCUCCGCCAUUCAGGGGCUGGGGCUCCUGGCGGUGCCCGAGAGCCCUGCCUGGCUGGCCACCAACAAGAAUGCCGCUCAAGCCAAGCGAAUACUCCAACGCAUCCGUGGUAGACACCACGAUAUCGCGGAGGAGACUGCGACCUGGGAUCCGGAUGCCGUGGCCCCUGAAGAGGAAGCGCUGCUCGAUGACAACUCGACCACGGUGGUAGACUCGAGUUCUAGAAGAAGUUCGACUACGAGCCGGGCCAGCAGUAAGAACGCAGCCCCUCUUGGAUUCAUCCAAGUCGUCAGGGAUCCCCAGUACCGGCCUGCCAUCGUGGCCGUUGUGGGCGUCAUGUGUGCACAGCAAUUGUGCGGCAUCAACUCCAUCAUCAUGUAUUCGGUGUCGCUGUUACGGGAUCUUCUGCCAAUGAGCUCGGCACUGUUGACCAUCAUGAUAUCUGCUAUCAACUUGAUCACCACCCUCGCGUGCUCGCCACUCCCUGACAAGCUUGGGAGGAAAGCCUGCCUGCUGCUCUCCAUCUUUGGUCAGGGAGCAAGUGCGCUCGCGCUGGCACUAUCGAUACUGUUCGAGGCAAAGAUACUCUCAGCGGUGGCAGUCCUCUUUUUCGUGGCCUUUUUCGCAGUUGGGCUCGGACCUGUUCCGUUCAUUCUCGCGUCCGAACUGGUCGGCCAAGAGGCUGUAGGUGCAACGCAGUCUUGUUGCUUAGCCGCAAGUUACAUUGCUACGUUCCUGGUGGCCCAAUUCUUUCCCAUCAUCAACGCCAAGCUAAACAAGCGCUUUGGGGGUGCCGGCUGGGUCUACUUCAUCUUCACAGCACUGGCCGUACUCUCGGGCUUGUUUGUGAUUUGGCGCGUUCCAGAGACGAAAGGCAAGAAAGAUGCUGAUGACGUUUGGGGCCGCCCACGACGCCGGGACUAA